AUGGCCGCCAACGAAAGCAAACCUGGGGAUUUUCUCUCUGGUUCUACUGAAGACAAGCUUAGCUGGCAGCUGCUGCCUCCAUCAGAGUUUGAGAAGCCUGUAACUAGAGAUGUGGACAGAGCCACUCACCGGCACCAAGUACACAGCAAGUGUCAUGUUGAAUGGCCUGACACAGGUAUCAUGUUGUAUGGCCUGACACGGGUGGCGCCACCGUGUGCUCACCCGAAGAAGGAUUACGUAGAUGAGCUGAUACAGCGGCAGGCUGGGGAGAUUGUAGAGCUGAGGUCAGAGGUCAUGAAAAUCCACCUGGCUUAUGAGCAAGAUACUGCAGACUGGAAGGCCAGAUUGUCACUGCUGGAGGAGGAGCAUGCAGCAGAAGUCAGGCGAUUGGAGAAAAAUCUGGCUAGUGUGGAGGAGGAACGUGACAUCAAACUUUGCAGACUCCAGGGUGAACUAGAGCGUACGUCCACAGACAAGCAGAUGCAGACCUCAGCUCUCCAGGAGAAGCUGGAGAGUACCAGAUUGUUGCUGGAGACACGUGUACACGACCUUGAGGAAGAACUGAGGUCGCUUCAACAUGACAGUGACAGCAGCAGACGACAGCUGGAGGCUGAACUCAGGCAGAAGAGCCAGCAACUGGAGGAGCAGUCGCAGCAAAUCUGCUGCCUGAAGAGCUACAUCUGUGACACAGAGGAGACACGCAAGCCUGCCUUGGCCUGGAAGAUGGAGAAAGAGGCAGUGGAUAACAAACUGAAGAUUGCUGAAGCAGAAAACCACAAACUGACCUCUACAAUCGAACUGAUGGAGGUCAGGUUUCAAGCUCUAAAGGAGAUUCUUUCUAUCCAGGAGCAAAAGCUGGAUAAGGCUAGAGUUGGUGUCACUGGGAAAGCUAAACAGGCCAGUUUACUUCUGACAUGUUGGAGAGAAAAGGUCUUCUCGUUGCUGGUGCGACAGUUGAUGUCAGACAUCUUGCACAAGGGGGACAUCCAGGGCCUGCAGCAGAAAAUUCACAGCCUGGAAGAUCAGCUGUCAGCAAGCCAGGCCCAGGUUCAAGUCCAGCAGCACUCUCUGGCAGACAAGCUGGCUCAGCUACAGAUUGAGCUCAACAAGAAUCAGAGACUACAAGAAGAAUGUGAGAACACUCACCAAGUUGCUGUCUGCCUGGACGACCAGUCCAAGCGGGACUAUCACAGUGUGGAGUUGCUGGCAGAGUUUGUGCACGAAAUGAAGAAGCAAAUGGAUAAGACCAUAGAGAUGAUGGAGCAGAAGUCCACCGAUCUGAAAAAAUGUGAUCAGCGGGUCAGCUUUGCCACAAACCGCAUGGAAUUUAUCAAAACCCAGCUGGCCAGGAAGUGGGCUCUUGCGGGCGGUGUUGCCAGGGGCACUGAGAAUCUGUUGCCGGUGUCACCUGGCGAUAGAGGCGAUUCCAGGGACAGUGACAAGCUUGUGUACCAGGAACUGGAGCAGCUGACACAGGAGAGAGAUACUCUGGCAGCACAACUCAGGGCAGACACAGAACACUGGUCAGUCACGGUGGCGGAGAUUAGGGCUCAGUUGACCAAAGAGGUGAGCUCAGUGAAAGAGAACAUGGCCGUCUUGGAGCAGCAGUUGCAGCUCAAGUUGCAGGAGUGUAGAGAGCUGGCGGAAGAGGUUGACAAUUUGAAGGAGGAUGUUCAGGAGAAGGACAACAGAAUCAAACAACUACAAGCGGAACUUUCUAGACAUGAACGAGGCAUAGAGCAUGUGUUGACAGAGCAAAGACUCCAAGAUGAACUCCACUGGCGGGAACAAUUGACUGACCUGGAGAGAAAACUCAAUGCUGCCAAACGAGAACAGGCCAAAGCUGUUGUGUCAUUGAGACAGAUGGAACAAAGCCACCAGCGCAGAUUACAACAGGCGGAAGAUCUCUUGCAGACAACAGAGCAACAUCUGAGACGGCAGAUAGAACAACUAGAAGCUCGCCUGAGAUCUGUGGAGAAGGAGAGAAACCUGAUGAUGGCCACUCUCAGACAGGAAGGCCUGCUUAGCCAGCUGAGGUCAGACCGAGGACAUUUGAUUCAUCUCCAUGAUGAGGAAGAGAACUGUAACAGAAACCAGAACCAGGAUGACGGUGGGGACAGUCAUGGAGGGCCCUCUGGGCAAGCUGAUGUGCCCAUGAUGGCUGGCUUUACUGACAGCAGCUGUGCUACAGUGAAACCAGGCUUCCUGCAUGGUAUGCGGGGCAUGCUUGUGUGUUAA